GGCUCCUUCCCGUCCCAUUUCCCUCGCCUGGGUUUCGGGACGCCCUCCGUGAAACUCCGCCCCUGGAUAUGGGCGAGCGAACGAGGAAGAGGCGAAGAGAAAGAGAAAGGCAGGCGAAAGGAAGCGCAGGGGGCUCGGCUUUGUCGUGAGCUCAGGAGCCGCUUCGCCUUCCCAUCUGCCGGGGGAGCCCAACCAACUCCGGGGAAGAGGCGGCGCCGGGGGCUGGUGGGCUGGUUGAGGGCGUAGGAGCCGCAGCAGCCACCGCCGCCACCCUCCUCCUCGUCCUCCUCUCUCUCCUCCCCCAGCGCCGAGGCCCACUAGGAGGGACCCAGAGGAGCCCCCCGGAGCUCAUUCCCUGCUCGUGGGGGUGGCACACGCAGCCCCGCCAUGGCCACCAAGGCUCGGGUUAUGUAUGACUUUGCUGCUGAACCUGGAAACAAUGAGCUGACAGUUAAUGAAGGAGAAAUCAUCACAGUUACCAAUCCGGAUGUAGGUGGAGGCUGGCUGGAAGGCAAAAACAGCAAAGGAGAACGAGGACUUGUUCCCACAGAUUAUGUUGAAAUGCUACCUGAAGGUACCAAAGAUGGAAUUUCAGUAGCUGACCAAGCCUUUUUGGAUGGGCUCUCUACUGCACAGACUAAUUUGCAAGCAGCAAAAACCAAUAGCCAGGUGGAUUCUCAGGCAUCUGCCACUCAUACUUCUAUUAUGGAAUUUUUUACUCCAUCUCCACCUUCAACUCCUUCCACAAGAAAGGGUACCAGCAAUGCAAACGACCCCUGGUCAAGUUGGGACAACACAACAGGUGGUGAUGGCUGGGCAGCAAAACCUGAAAAUAGGCAGAAAAACAGUGCUUCAAACAACUGGGAUGCAGCAGCAUUUGGUCAUCCACAGGCUUAUCAAGGUCCAGCGGCUGCUGAUGACGAUGACUGGGAUGAUGACUGGGAUGACCCAAAAUCAACGCCUGCACCCUAUCUUGGAUAUAAAGAGGCAGAGCCUUCAGACCCAGCAGGGCUUCAGCGUGGCAAUAGCCGUGGAGCUGCUAUGAAGCUACCACUGAACAAAUUUACUGGAUUUGCAAAACCUGGAGUGGAACAGUAUCUCUUGUCAAAGCAGCUAGCAAAACCCAAAGAGAAAAUUCCUAUAAUUAUUGGAGAUUAUGGGCCAAUGUGGGUUUAUCCUACCUCUACAUUUGACUGUGUUGUGGCUGAUCCAAAAAAAGGUUCUAAAAUGUAUGGUCUGAAGAGCUACAUCGAAUAUCAGCUUACAUGUACAAACACUAAUCGAGCUGUCAACCACAGAUACAAGCACUUUGACUGGUUAUAUGAACGUCUCUUGAUUAAGUUUGGAUCAGCCAUUCCAAUUCCAUCUCUUCCAGACAAGCAAGUGACAGGGCGUUUCGAGGAAGAAUUCAUCAAAAUGAGGAUGGAGAGGCUACAGGCAUGGAUGACCAGGAUGUGUCGUCAUCCAGUUGUUUCAGAAAGUGAAGUUUUUCAGCAGUUCCUUAGUUUCCGUGAUGAAAAGGAAUGGAAAACCGGUAAAAGGAAGGCAGAAAAAGAUGAGGUUGUGGGUGUUAUGGUCUUUUCUACUAUGGAACCAGAAGCACCUGACUUGGAUUUGUUAGAAAUUGAACAGAAAUGUGAUGCAGUUGGAAAGUUCACUAAAGCCAUGGAUGAUGGAGUUAAGGAGUUGUUGACAGUGGGCCACGAACACUGGAAACGCUGUACAGGACCAUUGCCCAAGGAAUACCAGAAAAUAGGAAAAGCUUUACAGGGUUUAGCAAUGGUUUUCCAUAGCAGUGGUUAUCAAGGAGAGUCUGACCUCCAUGAAGCAAUAACAGAAGCAGGAAAAACAUAUGAAGAAAUUGCCAGUCUUGUGGCAGAACAGCCAAAGCAGGAUCUUCAUUUUCUAAUGGAAACCAAUCAUGAAUAUAAAGGAUUUCUUGGUUGCUUCCCAGAUAUCAUAGGUGCUCACAAGGGAGCAAUAGACAAAGUGAAGGAAAGUGAUAAAUUAGUUGCUACCAGCAAAAUCACCCCACAGGAUAAACAAAACAUGCUGAAGCGUGUAAGCACCAUGUCAUAUGCACUACAAGCUGAAAUGAAUCACUUCCACAGUAACCGAAUUUAUGAUUACAAUAGUGUGAUGCGCUUGUAUCUGGAGCAACAGGCACAGUUCUAUGAAACAAUUGCACAAAAGCUGAGGCAGGCUCUCAGUCGCUUUCCAAUGAUGUAGAUACAGAGACAGAUAAUGAAGAACUCCAAAGUGCUUUUCUGAUUUUUGGUGGGGCAGUGCAAAUAAGUUAAGUCUUUGCCAUCCAAAAAGCCUUUUUUAAAAGAAAUAAAAUGCAAAAAGUAAGUGAAAA